AUGCAAGCAAUUGUAUCUGGAGCUCCUCUACCCCCGAACUGUUUCGUCGUCGCUAUUCCCAUGCAUCAAGCACAACAAUUACUGCCACAAAUCAUGUCAAGCUAUGCAACCAAUAUGGCCAACGGUGUGAUGAUGUUCUCCCAACAAUCUUCAUUCUACGGUUUACCAUAUUCUCCCAAUCCUCCAUAUUCUCCAAACCCUCCAUAUUCCGACAAUAGUCAAUCCAGUGCAUUGGUACCUUACAAGAACUAUUAUUCACCGAAUUAUAAUUCGAAUUAUAAUUACCCGCUUGUACCUUAUAGUGGUGAUUCUGAUAAUAAAAUGAAAUCGAAGAAAACGCGUCAAUGUCGGAACAAAAACGGCAGACCUCAUGCGAAUGUUUACAAUUCAUCAUCGUUUGAUUCAUACAUGCGGAAUUUAAGUUGGAGUCGUUUAUUCGAACGUCAUCAUAAUAAGGACCAAGCAACUGAUCAAGCUGCGUUAGGUUAUGAUCAAAAACCGACUCCACCGAAAAAACAACGCGCCCAAUCUGCGAAUUCAUCGACAUUAUCAUCUUUGACAUCAUCGUCGUCGUCUUCUUCGACCACAAGUGAUGAAACUAUUCGACGAGUCGAUGUUUCCACUAAACAAUCCAAUGGAACAACAUCAUCGUCGAAACAACAAGUGAAAAGUAGUUUACCAUUUAAAUAUUCAUCGGAAUUCGUUCCGGGUACGGAUAAAGAGCAAAGUUCGAAACCGAGAAAGGAAUCGAAAGUUAAGAUUGAUGAUGUUUUCGUCGUCAAGAAGCCUCCAUCAACGCCUCCGUCAACUUCUCAAUAA